AUGAAACAAGUCAAAUUGAGUGUGAAGGAAGAUAUGAAGCCACCUAACGGUAGAAAGAUCGUACUCAGGUUCAAUGAGACCCUGCAACCAGUUGAAGCGGAAGCUGGUAUACUGAGCGGUGUUCUCAGAUUGCUAGGAUCUAACUACAACAAAUUUUCAAUCUGCGAGAAAGACUGGAGAAAGGAAAUUUUCCAUUUUGAUGAAGAUAGUGGAGGAAAGAUCAAGCGUACAAUUUUAAAAAUGCUAGGGAGGGCUUGCAAGGAAAUGAGGAACAUGUUGUACCAUAGUUAUUAUGACUCACAACUGACUCUUAAACAAAAUAUUGAAGGCCACCUAUCGGAAUUACUGUGGAUCAUUGGAGAUGGUACCUUGAUUAUCGCAACAGUGAAGAGACAAAGGAGAAGUGUAGGAAAAAUGCUUAGAAUUGAUCAAAGCAGCUAUACACUCACACUGGCGGAUCGAAAAAGUUGGCAAGGUUCGGAGAAGAAGAGUCGGAACGACAAAGGAGGAGAGUUGGAAACAAUUACGGGUAUUGAACAACAUGAUGAAUCCUCUAGACUGUUGUCUCAGAAUGAUUCGCUUGCUCAAGCUCUCGAAAAGGAGCACUCGGGUAGAGUGCGUGGCAUGGGUUUAGGACCAACUUCUAGUCAAGUCUUCAGUAUAAAUUCCCAUCAGCCAAGUAAUGGAGCUCAAAGGAAAGACACCCAAAGGGUGCUACUUGAACUACAAGCAGAGUUGGCGGCCGAGAAAUUGAAAAGGAAGGCCGUGGAGGAUGAAGUAGCAGCCAGAAAGAUAAAAAUGCAGGCAGUGGAGAGUGUCCUGAAAUGUCUAAUUCAAGGGCAAGGUCGGAAGUUGCCACCAGACGCCACCGCAUGGAUGAAUUCAUUGGAGGGACAGAUUGAAAAGUAG